GCAGAAUACGUACACAGUCUCGUAUGCCGAACAAAAAGCAAUACCACAAACUUUAUGUGCGUGACUUCCUCACAUUGCUCUGUUGACCAGUGGUAUUACUAAACGCCCAAUACUUUCCGUCGGUAAUUUAAGUACCCCGCAAAUCCAGACACAGUGCUAAGCAAAAAACUUUCCACAGAACAUGUCUAAAGUAAUCGUCCGACUAACCACUUCGCUGCUCCUGCCGUGUUCAAUGUGUUAAACUGAAAUUAUUAUUGUAACGUUGCUCCCGGGCCAGCAGCCAGUUCGAAAUCGCUUGUAAUCGUGCAAGCUCUUAUCAGUUUACAGUGUCAGUUCGCAAAAGCUGACGGUGCUCCUGGGGCGCAGACAGUCGUGAAAAAGAAUCUCCCACAGUGUUUGUACUGAAAUUCGUGUGUGAGUGGCACUCGUUCCGGUGUCUGGUUUUGGAGCAACAUUCUCGUUACAAAAAAACGCCAUUCGGAAAGCAAAGGUCAAAAUCACUACCGUCGUUGUUUACUUGACCUUGGGUUAAAAAACCCAUACAGUUGAUUAAUUCAACAGUAGCAUUUUUCGACGGUAUAGUUACUGAUCAACAUGUCAUCAUUACCUGUCGUCAACCUGGACGCACCCCGAUACGACCAGAGUACCUACUUAAAUCGAGCUAAGCAUUUUCUAAUUGUAACCAAUCCACUCAAUGUGUUCGCCACCGAAGAACAGCUGAACCGAGCGGCUAGGAUUGUCAAAGACUACCGGGCUGGUAAACCGGUGUCGGAUGCAACAACGGUAGAUGAAUUAUGGGCUGCAAAGUACCUGUACGACAGUGCAUUCCAUCCUGAUACGGGUGAAAAAAUGCUUCUAGUAGGCCGCAUGUCCGCCCAGGUUCCAAUGAACAUGACCAUUACCGGGUGUAUGAUGACCUUCUACAAAUCAACACCGGCCGUUAUCUUUUGGCAGUGGUUCAAUCAAUCGUUUAAUGCCGUUGUCAACUACACGAACCGUUCCGGCAAAACUCCAAUCAGCCAGGAACAGCUGCUGACAUCGUACUGUAUGGCCACCGGUGGAGCGCUUGUGACCGCACUUUCAUUGAACCGACUUGUUCGGAAUGCACCGCCACUGGUGGGUCGACUUGUGCCGUUGGCAGCUGUUGCUGCCGCGAAUUGUAUCAACAUUCCCCUGAUGCGCAUGCAAGAAUUGAAGAAUGGUGUGACAUUGAUUGACGCCGAUGGUAAGGAACUCGGUGAAUCAGUUCGCGCUGCGAAGGAAGGCAUCGCCGCUGUUACCUUUAGUCGUAUACUAAUGGCUAUGCCAGGAAUGGUUUUCACACCGGUCUUGAUGAACUCUCUGGAAAAGCGUGGAUUCCUAAAACGCUUCCCCUGGACCAAUGCUCCAAUACAAACCCUGUUUUGUGGAUUUCUUCUAACCUUUGCCACCCCGUUAUGUUGCGCGCUAUUCAGCCAGAAAGCUUCGAUCAGCGUCGAUCGGCUGGAGGGUGAGGUACGCGAAAAAAUUCGGAAGGAACGUCCUGAAUUGGAUGUAGUCUACUACAACAAAGGACUAUAAAUACAAAGGCAGCUGGAAGAAUUCGUUCAUGCAGGGACAAUAAGGCAGUUAUAUGUUUCAAUAUUUACAAUAGGAAAAAAUGAGCCUGUGUGUUAGACAACCUAGAUAAAUAGGAUACAACCUGAAUGUCAUCAAGUGUAUUGCCUGGUGCACCAUGACAUGUGCCAUGUUUUCCGAAGUUAUCCCCGGUCCUCAAAUUGUUCAAUGCCAAAAUUUCGAUACCCAGUCCAGUGAGGCUUAUAAUCGCGAAUGAUAAAUGUUGAAGGAUUAAAGAGCUGCAACAAAUCGAUACUGGUCCGAAAACUCAAAUAUAGAUAGCAUUUAAAUGUGAAAUGUGGUAAAAAUGCAAAUAAACAAGAAUAAUGUGUAGCAUUA